UUUCCAGCUGCCAAUAAACGUCAGAAGAAGAAAGGUCAGAGGUCGGUUUGCGCGGUUUACAUCCACAGUUCAGGACUGAAGACGUUAUAAAUUAAAGCUGUUCGAUCAUCAUACAUUCGCGGUGUUUCUUUAAACGGAACAGAACCCGGCAGCUGCUUUGGAUGUCCGCAGUAAAGGGCUGAUUGCCGGUAACGCCACCUUGUGACUUAGCCUAGGUAGCGCUGUUAGCCACUUUAGCUGGCUAGCUAGCUAGCCGACUAACGCUAGGUCAACUUCGAGCUAACAGUCGCUGAUACUUUUGGCCAGAGCUCAAGAAACUAACGCAGACAUGCAGGAGAUUCUGGCUAACGUGGAUCACAUCAAGUUUGACCUGGAGCUGGCUGUGGAGCAGCAGCUGGGAGCGCAGCCGCUGCCGUUCCCCGGCAUGGACAAGUCGGGAUCGGCCGUGUGCGAGUUCUUCAUAAGAGCAGCUUGUCUGAAGGGAGGGAUGUGUCCGUUUCGCCACAUCAGUGGGGAGAAGACGGUGGUGUGUAAGCAUUGGCUCAGAGGACUAUGUAAGAAGGGAGACCAGUGCGAGUUCCUCCAUGAAUACGACAUGACCAAGAUGCCUGAAUGCUACUUCUACUCAAAGUUUGGUGAGUGCAGCAACAAGGAGUGUCCCUUCCUGCACAUUGAUCCAGAGUCCAAGAUCAAAGACUGUCCGUGGUACGACAGAGGCUUCUGCAAACACGGUCCUGACUGCAGACACAGACACACAAGGAGGGUAAUUUGUGUGAAUUACUUAGUGGGCUUCUGUCCAGAAGGAAAAUCCUGUAAAUUUAUGCAUCCUCGCUUUGAGUUGCCAAUGGGAGCUUCUGAACAACCCCCUCUACCACAGCUAAGCCAGAACCAAAUAAAGUUGGCACCAAGCACUGGUCGCUCGUCGCUCUCUUUAAUCCAGUUGACCAACACCAGUCCAGGCCAACGGCCUCAGAACAACACGAUUGCUGGCGUUGCUGUUCAUCAAAAUAACAUGAUUGCCAACAGAGGACCUCGACCUCUGGACCAGGUCACCUGCUACAAGUGUGGUGAGAAAGGCCAUUACGCCAACAAAUGCACUAAAGGCCAUCUGGCCUUCCUGAGUGGACAGUAACCUCAACGUCCGUAGAUCGACACACUGUGCUGCUGAGGCUGUUUCCCUGGUGUGAGCAUCUGAUGCCCAUCUGCUCCAUAGACUGGUGUUGAACUCUUAAGAGAUUUUGCCUCUUUUUUUUAAACAAACUGUGGAUAUGUGAACGUGACAAGGAACAGUUCACACAGAGGUCACCAUCAUCUGUGAAGCGAGUUUCCUGCAAUGUCUAAACUGAAAUAGGAAUUAAAAGGACCUCACGUCCAGGCUGCAGUGGUGAAACAUGUUGCUGUUAAGUUCCUCUGGUCGUCUCUGAUAUCACUGCUUCGAUUCUUCCAGUUGUAGUAAAAUCUGACAAAAGCACCAGUAGGAAAAGAAAUAAGUGUAAGAAACUAGACCCUGCCCUUCAAUGUCAUGGAAGGCUCUGACUUGCCAAGUAUGACCCAUUACUGGUUUCACUUUUGUGGUGGAUGUGGUCAGCAGUGCUAUAACGUAGUGCACUGUUCUUAUCCUUGUCACCAGCAUUCGAUUUCCCUCGUUGAAGACGAAACUAUCAGGUCAGUUUGAUGUGCCAGAUCAGUUCAACAGUCAAAUCCUGUGUUGUCAGAUUUGGACAAAGGUUUGUGGGGUGCAAGUUUGUUCACUGGAUACUCCGAACUGUGUGCAAAUAAACAGUCUUGUUACAGA